AUGAACUCGAUUAUUCCAAAUAUAAAUUCUAAGGCUAAUGCAUUGUUGCAGCUAAUAUUACUGACAACUGCAGGCCUGUUAUUGUGUAUAUUGUUAUUUUCAACAUAUAGGGAAUAGGAAAUUCCCUAUAAUGGAGAAGUACUAAAGUGCAAGUUGAAGUACGAUGCUAAGAUGAAAUGCUAAUUAAAUAAUAGAACAUUGAAUAACGAUAAAAUUACAUAGGAUGAUUGCCAAUUACAAUACAUAUGUAAUUCGAUAUUAGCAACCUACCCAAUCACAAUUAUCGAUGGAGUAUUGAUUCUAGUGACGAUAGUGAUGAGUUUGAUGAAACAUUCGAAUUUGCCAAGGAACAUCACCACCUUUAAUGUGGUUUCGUUGAUCUCCAUACUAUUGAGUGCAUCCACUUUAUUCAUCAUGUCCAUAAUCUUGAUGACUGGAGCCAAGAAUGAAAACCUGAGUGUCUGGAUACUGGUGAUCUAAUUGCUCAUUUCUCUAAUUCUAUUUGCAAGUCUCAUUUUCAUAAAAAAGGAGGAAGAAUUUUCGAAUUUCAUAAAAAGACAGGAGGAAAUGAAUGGGACUGAAAUAAACCAAUAUGUGAUUAACUGA